AUGGCGUGGCUGAUCUUCACCCGUCAUGCCUACAAGAAGGAGCAGCAGUCGAACCUCCAAGACUUCGCGCAGCUCUUGCAAUCCACAGGAAACGGGACCACCGACCCCCAAGCGGAGAAGAUUCGAGAAGCCAUGGGCCAUGGGCAUCGCGUCACCAACCAGGAACAGCAGCUGCCAGGAAUUGCCACCUCCCGGCAGGUGGUGGCCAUCCUCCGUGGCCGUCCAGUGGGAGAUGACGUCAUCGGCUUCACUGACUUCCUGGCCGCCAGCCUCCCACGUGUCUUCUCCCACUGGAAGGAGGGCCACUGUCGAAAGGCCUUCCGGAUCUUCGAUCGCAACGGCGACGGGUACAUCGAUGCCAAGGAGCUGGAGUUGGUCCUCCGACGCGAAGGCGAAGAAACCCACAUCGAGGCCUUCUCCUCGAUGCUGCACGAGGCGGCGGAUUCCAAGCAGGUGAGCUACAAGGACUUUGUGAAAUUUGUGAAACAGGGCGCUAGCUUGGAGCUUUGA